CUUCCUGGUCCCCGGGAAAUCCAGCCUCCGUGGCUUGGCCGCCUCCCGCUCCCGCGCCCGCAGCCGCUCGGCGCUCGCUCGGGGCUCAGCAGCCAGCGUGGCCCCUCAGCCUGGGGCUCCGCAGUGCCGGGCCCCGUCCUUGCCCGCCCGCCAGCCGCCGCAGCGCCCCCGGCCCGGGCCGCCGGCACCAUGUAACCCGGCCGGAGCCCAAGCCGGGCCAGGAGCUAGUGGUCCUGAGCCUUUUGAAGUUAGGAUUCUGCCUGGCGGUGGGAAUCCUGACACCAAGGAUGGGACAACCCGGAUGGAGGUUCCUGGGGCCUGGCCCCCAGCACUAUGAAGAGCCCUUGCUGAGGCCAUGAGGGGUUAUCAUGGCGACCGAGGCAGCCAUCCCCGCCCAGCCCGCUUUGCCGACCAGCAGCAUAUGGACGUGGGCCCCGCUGCCAGGGCUCCAUACCUGCUGGGCUCCGGGGAGGCCUUCUCCACCGAGCCCCGCUUCUGUGCCCCAAGAGCUGGCCUGGGACACCUUUCUCCUGAAGGGCCCCUGAGCCUGAGUGAGGGACCAGCGUCAGGCCCCGAGGGAGGGCCGGGAGGGGCCGGGGUUGGGGGGGGUAGCAGCACCUUCCCCAGGAUGUACCCUGGCCAGGGCCCCUUCGACACCUGUGAAGACUGUGUGGGCCACCCACAGGGCAAGGGUGCCCCCCGCCUGCCUCCCACACUUCUGGACCAGUUUGAAAAGCAGUUGCCCGUUCAACAAGAUGGCUUCCACACGCUGCCAUACCAGCGAGGGCCAGCAGGGGCCGGGCCCGGGCCAGGGUCUGGCACUACCCCGGAGGCCCGCAGCGAGAGCCCCAGCCGCAUCCGGCACCUGGUUCACUCUGUGCAGAAGCUGUUUGCCAAGUCCCACUCUCUGGAGGCGCCAGGGAAGCGGGACUAUAAUGGGCCCAAGGCUGAGGGCAGAGGUGGCUCCGGCGGAGACAGCUACCCUGGCCCGGGCUCUGGAGGCCUCCACACCUCCCACCACCACCAUCACCACCACCACCACCACCACCAGUCCCGGCAUGGCAAGAGGAGCAAGAGCAAGGACCGCAAGGGGGAUGGACGGCAGCAGGCCAAGGCCGCGGGCUGGUGGAGCUCCGACGACAACUUGGACAGUGACAGCGGCUUCCUGGCCGGUGGGCGGCCCCCUGGGGAGCCUGGUGGUCCCUUCUGCCUGGAGGCUCCAGAUGGGUCCUACCGGGACUUGAGCUUCAAGGGGCGCUCGGGCGGGUCGGAAGGCCGCUGUCUCGCCUGCACUGGCAUGUCCAUGUCACUGGACGGACAAUCGGUCAAGCGGAGUGCCUGGCAUACCAUGAUGGUCAGCCAGGGCCGGGAUGGAUACCCAGGGGCCGGGCCAGGCAAGGGGCUCCUGGGUCCAGAGGCCAAGGCCAAAGCCAGGACUUAUCACUAUCUGCAGGUGCCGCAAGAUGACUGGGGGGGUUACCCCACUGGGGGCAAGGACGGGGAGAUCCCCUGCCGCAGGAUGCGGAGCGGCAGCUACAUCAAAGCCAUGGGGGAUGAGGAGAGUGGAGACUCAGAUGGCAGCCCCAAGACAUCUCCCAAAGCGGUCGCCCGGCGCUUCACCACCCGCCGCUCCUCCAGCGUGGACCAGGCCCGGAUCAACUGCUGUGUCCCACCCAGGAUCCACCCCCGGAGCUCCAUCCCUGGCUAUAGCCGUUCCCUCACCACCGGACAGCUCAGCGAGGAGCUGAACCAGCAGCUGGAGGCCGUGUGCGGGUCCGUGUUUGGGGAGCUGGAGUCCCAGGCCGUGGACGCCCUGGACCUGCCCGGCUGUUUCCGCAUGCGGAGCCACAGCUACCUCCGGGCCAUCCAGGCCGGCUGCUCUCAAGACGAUGACUGCCUGCCCCUCCUUUCUACCCCUGCCUCUGUCUCAGGGAGGCCCGGCUCCUCCUUCAACUUCAGAAAGGCCCCGCCCCCCAUCCCACCGGGAAGCCAGGCCCCGCCCCGCAUCUCCAUCACCGCCCAGAGCAGCACCGACUCCGCCCAUGAGAGCUUCACCGCGGCGGAGGGCCCAGCCCGGCGCUGCAGCUCCGCCGACGGGCUGGACGGCCCGGCCAUGGGCGCGCGCACCCUGGAGUUGGCGCCGGUGUCACCCCGGGCCAGCCCCAAGCCCCCCACACUCAUCAUCAAGACCAUUCCAGGCAGGGAGGAGCUGCGGAGCCUGGCGCGGCAGCGGAAGUGGCGGCCGUCCAUCGGGGUGCAGGUGGAGACUAUCUCAGACUCGGACACGGAGAACAGGAGUCGAAGAGAGUUCCACUCCAUCGGUGUACAGGUGGAAGAAGACAAGAGGCGGGCGAGGUUCAAGCGCUCCAACAGUGUGACAGCCGGCGUGCAGGCCGACCUGGAGCUGGAGGGCCUGGCCGGCCUGGCCACCGUGGCCACAGAAGACAAGGCCCUGCAGUUCGGACGCUCCUUCCAGAGGCACGCCUCUGAGCCCCAGCCCGGGCCCCGGGCCCCCACCUACUCAGUCUUCCGCACGGUCCACACGCAGGGCCAGUGGGCCUACCGCGAGGGCUACCCACUGCCGUAUGAGCCGCCGGCCACCGAUGGGUCGCCCGGCCCCGCCCCUGCCCCUACCCCCGGCCCCGGGUCCGGGCGCCGUGACUCCUGGAUGGAGCGCGGCUCACGUAGCCUCCCCGACUCAGGCCGCACGUCCCCCAGCCCACGGGAUGGCGAGUGGUUCAUCAAGAUGCUGAGGGCGGAGGUGGAGAAGCUGGAGCACUGGUGCCAGCAGAUGGAGCGCGAGGCGGAGGACUAUGAACUGCCGGAGGAGAUCCUGGAGAAGAUCCGCAGUGCCGUGGGCAGCACACAACUUCUCCUGUCCCAGAAGGUUCAGCAGUUCUUCCGGCUGUGUCAGCAAAGCAUGGACCCCACUGCGUUCCCCGUGCCCACCUUCCAGGACCUGGCGGGUUUCUGGGACCUCUUGCAGCUCUCUAUCGAGGAUGUUACCCUCAAGUUCCUGGAGCUACAGCAACUCAAGGCCAACAGCUGGAAACUCCUGGAGCCUAAGGAGGAGAAGAAGGUCCCUCCGCCGAUACCAAAGAAGCCCUUGCGGGGCCGGGGCGUGCCGGUGAAGGAGCGCUCCCUGGACUCGGUGGACCGGCAGCGGCAGGAAGCUCGCAAGCGGCUCCUGGCGGCCAAGCGCGCCGCCUCCUUCCGCCACAGCUCGGCCACCGAGAGCGCCGACAGCAUCGAGAUCUACAUCCCCGAGGCCCAGACCAGGCUGUGACCGGCCCGGCCCGCCCAGCCCGGGCCCGGGCCCGCGGUUUUCUACCCGUACUGUACACCCAGCGUCGAGGUCACUGUGAACGCGGGCUGCCCCGUGCGCCCGCCCCGCCGGCACCGCACGCCCCGGCCCCUCCUGCCCGUCACGGUCUCGUGGGUUUUUUACCUUCCCGACCCCACGCGAAGGCGCCCGGGCUGGGCUGGGGGCCGUGCCUCUCCGCCCUGCGCUCCCACCGGGACCCCCCACCUUCCAGGUCCGACGCUUCGUCCCCACCUCCUCCCCACGGGCACCAUCUCUGCCAUUACCCCACGGGCCAGGCCGGGCCGGCUCCCCCAUCUGGGCUCUGCGUCCCCCCCACCCCGCGGGGCUGGGCUUCGUGGGGAAUCAAGCUUCGUGGCUUUUUAUGAAGACUCCCGAACCCCGCCUAGGAGCCCGCCCCACCCUCCCAGGGGCUCUACCCUCAGCCCUCAGCCCACUGGGCCCAGGGACCACAGUGGCUGGACCAACCCAGGACCAGGGCGCCUGGGCCUCUCCCCUUUCCCAGCUGCUGGGGAGGGGAGAUGGGGGCUUCCCCUCACCACACCUGUGGCUGUUCCCACAUCCCCUUGAGUAUCCCAGGAAAAAUAAAACGGCAGAACUGCACUCGAGCCAGCUGCUCUCUCCAGAAGAAGCCACCUCUGCCCGAGCCUGGGACAGGGGGUGGAGGGAGGAGAGGCCGGAGCCCAGGCUUUUGGUCUGGGGAGAGCGGGGUUGUCUGGGCCAGCUGGGGGAAUGGGGAUUCGGCCCCGCCGGGUGGCGACAGAGGACCUGAGCCCUCCUGGAGGGGCCCGGGUGGGUUGAAGGGGCCCGGGUGGGGUGAAGACGCCUGUCUUCCAAUUCCUCCUAGUUUAGUCCGGUUCCCUUUCUGCCUUCCAGUUCCCCAGGGUUUCCCCAGAGAGGGAAGCCCAGAGCCCAAUGCCUGACACACAGCGUGUGCUCCAUAAACAGGAGGGCUGCUGUUCUUCGAUAUGGGCAAAUAUUGGUUUCCUUUUCCCUAAGGGGCCACUGUUCUUUCCGCUCCAGAAAACUGUUCAAUUCUGUGCUGUCAUGUUUUCUGAUGCCUCCUGUGCAUGGGUAUACAUUGAUGGGGAACAAAAGAGAGAACAGAACUUUCCUGGGAAGCUCAGUGGCAUCCCAAACCUAGUAGUGAUGGCUAAUGUUUAUUGGAUGCUUGCUGAGAGUCAGGCAAGAUGAGAGUGCUUUACAUGAACGUAGCUCAUCCUUACAACAGAUGAGAAAGCUGAAGCCCAGGAGAGGUCAAGGGCCCUGGCCAAAGUCACAGGCAGGCCUAAGAGUGGUGGACCCAAGUCUGUCUAAUGUAAAUCCUGAGCGUUUAGCUCUAAAGCCUUUUGAGCCCAGAAGGAGUUGAAUGGCAGCUCCUACCUACAAAGCCCUCUCUCUAGUCUUUGCGUUGAUGUGGACUCUGAGGCAGGACAAAGAACCUUCCAAAAGGGUUGGCUGCUCUUCUGGGCCACACUGGACUAGCCAGUUCUUCUCAUUCAUGUAUUCAGCAAAUAUUUAUCAAGAACCACUGUUGGCCCUGUCCAGCACCUGAAUAUAGCUCUGAACAAGUUAGUUUCUGCUCUUAUGGUGCUAACAGCCAUAUGGGAAAGACAAGUAAGUAAGCAGUUACAUUAUAAGGGUGAGUGCUGGAAAGAUGACUAGGUGUUAGCCACUGAAGGAGGGCGAGGGCUGGGAAGAAUGUUCAAGAUCAGAGAACAGCUGUGCAGAGGCUUGGAGGAGAAAGAGGUAUUGGGAGUGCAGAGGCUUGAUCAUGCUGGGCUUUUGGGUCAAUUUGAGGAAGGUCGGCCUGGGUCCUGAGCGCCAUGGGGAGCCACAGAAGGGUUUUGAACAAGAGAGUGGCAUGAACAUAUUUUACAGGCUGGUCUGGAAGACCACCUGAAAAGCAAGAGGUCAUAUUCUCACACACACACUCAUUUGAGGCCACUGGGAGGUGAAAAGGGCUCCCGUGCGACCCGAAUUCCCAAAAGUGAAUCAGCCUGGAGCUGAUCCCAAACAGAUUCCUGGGCCCUGUGCAAGACUUAGUGAAGAGUCUUUGCUCUCAGAUGAGUUUUUUGGGCUUAUUUAUUUAUUUUGGCUGCGUUGGGUUUUCGUUGCUGCGUGCGGGCUUUCUCUAGUUGCGGUGAGAGGGGGCUACUCUUCCCUGUGGUGCACAGGCUUCUCAUUGCGGUGGCUUCUCUUGUUGCAGAGCACGGGCUCUAGGCACAUGGGCUUAGUAGUUGUGGCUCGCGGGCUCUAGAGCGCAGGCUUAGUAGUUGUGGCACAUGGGCUUAGUUGCUCCACGGCAUGUGGGAUCUUCCCGGACCAGGGCUCGAACCCGUGUCCCCUGCAUUGGCAGGCAGAUUCUUAACCACUGCAUCAUUUUGAUGGCAGCCAGGUUUGGGAAUACUGAAAUUGGAUGACUCAGAGUUUCAACUAGAAAUGUUCAUAUGUCUAUUUCCCCCAGAUUUGCCAAGUGGGGCACUGACUGAGUGACUAUCAUCCUGAGGUUCAGUUUUCUCGAAAAUGGGGAGCUGGGAGAGGUUUGAACUAGACAAUACUCAGAGCAAUCCUAUGAAGCAGGUAUUGUUAUCACCCCCAUUUUACAGAUGAGAAAACCGAGACUUGGAGAGGUUCAACAACUUAGCCCAAACCACGAAGCCAGGAAGUAGCUGAGUCCAAGUUUAACCUCUACAUUAUAUAGAUUUUUAUGGGUCUCUGUGUUUUCCCAGAAACUGGGCCAGGCUUGCCGGGACCAUGAGGUAUAUGGGAAUGGACACGGAGAGCUGGGUAGCAUCCAAGACUGUGUGGGCAUCCUGCUACAGAUGUGAUGUCUAAAAUCUCCCCUUGUGGGGCUAAUGUAGGGGGCAUGUGGGGAGUCUCCUUAGGGUAUUGUGGCCUAGGUAGUUGUGCUGGGCUCCAUGGACAUGUGAAGGAUUAGAUCCAGUCCCUGUGCCUGAGUUGCUCCCAUCUGGCCAUAGCAAGGCGCAUAAACACAAAGUUAUGGUACAAAGGGAGGCCUGCUCUCCCAGAGGGGCUGAAGAGACCAGAGGAGGGAGCCUCUAGCAGCCGGCGAGUCUAGGAAACCUUUCUGCAAGAGGAGCCUUUUGAACUGGGUCUUGCAGGAUGAAUUAGAGUUUUGUAGUCAGGGAUGAGGAGGGAAGACAUUCAUUUCAGGCAAAAGGACCGACCAGCUUAGGCAAAGGCAUGGAAUGCUAUGUGUGUGUGGGAUAAUGGGAAGAGCAGAGACUGGAGAGAGGUGACAGGCUAGAACGGGUAGAGGGGAAAUAAAGGAGAUGUGGCUGGAAGGGAGCCAUGGGUUUAAGUUGGAGAGUCCAUGGUUUUAUUUAAGUGUUUGAAAGACUCUUUGGCCAACAGAAUAGAAAUGGACUGGAGGAGGCAAUGGAAGGCAGAGAGACCAUUGAAGGGAGUUGCCAAGGUGGUCCAGGUAAGAGAUGAUGAUGAAUUUGAGAGACAUUCAGGAGGCAUAGGUGCUAUAAACUGGAUCUGGGGAAUAAUGCAGAGAUGAAGAGGCCUUGAAGGUGUCACUCAGGUUUUUGGCUUGGUGAGUAAGUAAUGCCAUAAAUGGACAUAGGACAUUACAGAAGGAGGAGUAAAUUUGAGGAAUACUAAACAUGCUGGUGAUCAAUUACCAAGCACUUAGAAGGUGCCAUAUACUGUAAAUGCUAAGCAUUUUAUACACAUUAGGUGAUUUAGUACAGAACAACCAAAGGGGGGUGGGUACUAUUACUGUCUUUUUUAAAACAAUGAGUGUAAACAGCUUUUCUGAGAUUAGCAGGCAGCAGGGUUAGGAUUUGAACCCACAACUCUCUGAUUCCUAAAUCUGUGCCCUGCAGCCCCACUCAGUUCUGCCUGACAGAACUGCUAGCCACUACUUGAGACUUAGCUCAAGGGCAGGUUCCUCUGGGGAGCCUCCCCUGAUUCUUCCUGGGGCUCCUUCUCUGUGCUACUUGUGCAUGCUCCCGUCAUCACAUUUCUCACACUCUCUCGACAUUUUGUAGACCCCUCUGCUUCCCUGUUAGUCAGACAACUCUUGGGGGAAAACACGGUCCCAGUCAUCUUUGCAUCCCCAAUGCCUAGCACAUGUUAAUUGGCUGACUGAAUGCUAGUUAUUCUGGGCAAUUCUGUUCCCUUGUCCUCCCUCAGUGAACACGUUCUGCUAAUAAUGGUUUCGUACACAUUUCUUUAUUCUUUAUCUGUUCCUUUUUCUCCACCUCCAUUGUCAGAGCUUAGCAUUGAGAUCUUUGAGAUCAUAAAGGAAGGGAAUCUACCCUGAUAAUGCAAUCUAGGAGGCUUCCUACCAAGGUGUCCCUUGAGCUUGAAAAACAAGACAGAGCUACUUUGGUAAAGAAAGGUGGGAAGGGCACUCCAGGUAGAUGAAAAAGCAUAAAUAAAGGCACAGAGGUGUGAAACAGUUUGGUCUGCGUGGGGGAGGGGAAUAAGAGGGGUUUAGUAUGUGUUACCAAAGGUAAAUAAGUACGCCUGCCUGAGACUAGUGGAAUGAAGGUGGAAAGACAGGGCUAGGUGGGGGUGUUAUGGAGCUUAAGCUUUGGUGUUUUUUUUUCUAUAUGUGUUAAAGUAGACAUCUGUACAGGGCGCAGUGGGGACACAGAGGAGGCAGUGAAUACUUGCACCUAAGGGGUCAAGUAAGACAGGUUUUACUAUAUUUUAAUUAUUUGUACACUAACAAUAGUACCAUUUAUUUCCCUGCUUGUUAUGUGCCAGCACAGCACUUUGCAUACAUUGUUUCAUCAACUCUCACAACAUCCUGUGAAAUAGGUGUUAUUACCUCUAUGCAUAAGAAGGAAAGGAGGCUCAGGCAGAUUGACAAUGUUCCCAAGGUCACGCUGCUAGAAAGCUAGCCCAGACCAGAAGAGUUCUUAAGAGUUCUAGAUUUUACUCUGCUGAGACCUUCUUGAGGUCAAGGAUCAUGUUUUUUAUUUUUCUGUGCCCAGACCAAGGUCUUAGAAGAAGCCUAAUAAACAUCAGUUGAAUACA